CAAAACCCUAAUCAAAUGUCUUCAUACGGUGGCGAAGGCGGAUACGCAGGCGGAUACGGCAGAGGCGGCGGAGGAGGCGGCGGAGGAUACGGAAGAGGAGGCGGAGGCGGUGGUGGAUACGGUGGAAACUCCAACAGAGGAGGAGGUGGAGGUUACGGCGGUGGUGGAGGUGGAGGAGGUGAUCGCGGCGGCGGUCGAGGCGGCCGUGGAGGCGGCGGCGGCGGCCGAGAUGGAGAUUGGGUCUGCCCUAACUCUAGCUGCGGUAACGUAAAUUUUGCGAGAAGAACAGAGUAUAAAUGCGGAGCCCCGUCUCCUGCCGGUGGAGGUGGCGGGGAGGAUCUAGCAGAGGCGGAGGUGAUUAUACGCAGUGGCAGAUCUGACAUAAUUAUGGCGCUGUGGUGCUGUAGGAAUUAUGAUGGGGGUAGGAGUUAUGAUGUAACCGUGUGGCAGUUCUGGUCGAUGGGGUCUAAGGGUCUGAUGUGUGGUGGUGGGGAUAUGGCGGUGCUCCUAUGCGAGCCCCCAGUGGCGAAAGUUAAGCAAUGCGAUGAGAAUUGUGGUGAUUCUUGUGACAAUGCUAGGAUUUAUAUCUCAAAUUUACCCCCAGAUGUUACUACUGAAGAGUUGCAGGAGCUUUUUGGAGGGAUUGGGCAGGUUGGGAGGAUCAAAAUGAAAAGAGGAUACAAGGACCAAUGGCCAUGGAAUAUAAGGAUAUACACUGACAGCAGUGGAAAUAACAAAGGGGAUGCCUGUCUUGCUUAUGAGGAUCCUUCUGCAGCACAUUCUGCAGGGGGAUUCUACAACAACUAUGACAUGAGGGGUUAUCGCAUCAAUGUUGCCAUGGCAGAGAAAUCUGCACCUAGAGCUCCACCUGCACAAGGUCAUGGGGGCGGUAGAGGUGGUGGGUUACGGGUGGUGGUGGGGUGGUGGUGUGGAUGGAGGAGGGACGCAGGGACAAUUAUCGGGGUGGUGGAGGUUCAGGGCCUGACAGACACGGGCACGGUGGUCAGCGUUCUCGCCCGUAUUGAUCAAAGAUCCAUUUAGCAUGUACUAUUAGAGUCAAUGAUCUCUUGGACUAACUCUUUUUAUUUGGUGACCUGUACUCAAAGUGGAGCCUAAGUGGCUGAUGGAUGUAAUCUCCAACUUGCUGGUAGGUUUUGAGUUUUUUUCAGGGAUGCAUGGUUGUGUGGAGGCCAAGCCUGUCUAAAAUGUGUUUUAACUUCUCACAUUGGUUGCCUACGUGACUUGAUUUCUUUAAUAAAUACUGAUAAAAGCGAUUAAUUAAAGAAGGGUUUGGUAGAGCCUUCUUAGAUCUGUA